UCCCUGAUUAAUUUGUCUGCACAGUCAGGGACAUUUGACAAGAAAUGUGGGGAAAAUCAUGAGUUAUAAUUGGUUACAUUUGUGAUUAUUGUACUUGACAGUAAAACAUUUAUUUUUUUUUUACCAAAGUUUAGACUGCAAUUGGUGAACUUUUCCUUCCGUUUUUUAGAUCAAAUGCUCUCAGUUGCUCUGCAAGCACUGCUGUGUGUGAACAGUAAAGGCCUCAAGGGAUACAUGACAUCUUUGACACAAGGCACAUCAAUGUCCUAUGAAUGUUAGAGAGCAAAAUAUAAAGAAAAUACACAUGAUUGAACAUAUAAAGCAACAAUAAUGCAACCAUAAUGUGUUAUUAGGGGUGUCAUGAGAAACUCAGUUCACGAGAUGAUACAUGUGAUUGGGUCUACGAGAAUGAGACGAGAUGAGAUUUUAACAUUACUUUUACAAGUACAAUGAAACAAUAUAUUCCAAUAUAUUGCAAUCUGCUAAUAUAAUUUCUACUAUGUUACAAUUCUUACUCUGUGUAUGCUAACGACCCCGCCUCCACCCACGCAGACAACUUGACAAUUGUUCAUGCUGUUGUAUGGAACAAACGUGGCGAGGUGCUGAGACCAAUGCACAGAGAACUCUCUUCAUGCCUGUUUUGGAGGCAAGAGACGAGGCAAAACGGUCACGCAUGCACAUGGCAGUCUAUUGAGGCCUGCUAAAUUAUCAAGUUCAUUUUCAUUUAUUGUGAGACUUUUUUUCUGAAUGAUAAAUCUUGUCACGUUUCAAUCUCUCGAGAUCUUGUGACCCCUACUUGUUAUGCAUAACCAUGUGUUGUUAUGCAUAAAGAAAGUUAUUAUAAAAUAUAACUAUUGCAUACAUUAUUAUAAAAUGUAUUGUGAGACAAAUACCGGAAAUAGCCAACAGGACUUUGCUUUGUUUAAAUAAGAAAAUACCAUUUACAGUAUUCCGAAAUAUGUUUGAAAUAUUGCUGACGUCGCAGCCCAUGUCAAGCAUUUUUAUCCAACUCGAUGACUACAAUAGGCAGAAUCUAAAACAUAUCCCCGGCUCUCUUCCGUGUAUUCAAAACAUGGCCCAUUUUGUCCCACACCCAUUGAAGGCACCACUAUCAAUAGCUGCUCAGUGUUGCUUUCAACUGUGUUGGUGAACUGCGCAUGCGCGUGACCGAGCUCUUCGAAGCAAAGUCGGGCUGAUCCAAGGGGUCCACAUCAAAAAUAUCCAAAAUAAGAGUCAUGUCAGGGUUUCUGGACAGGAUCCGGUGCGGAGACUGCGAGUGCAGUGUGGACUGGAGUGAAAGAAGAAACACCGUCGCCUCUAUAGCUGCUGGAGUUCUGUUCUUCACUGGUUGGUGGAUCAUCAUAGAUGCAGCAGUGAAGUAUCCUCAGCAGGAUGAGUUCCCCCAUGCUUAUCACACAUGUGGAGUCAUCGCUACAUUGGCUUUUCUCAUGAUAAAUGCUGUGUCAAAUGGCCAGGUGAGAGGCGACAGCUACAGUGACGGCUGCAUGGGACAGACAGGCGCUCGUGUGUGGCUCUUCAUUGGCUUCAUGAUGGCUUUUGGCUCGCUCAUUGCUUCCAUGUGGAUCCUGUUUGGUGGUUUUGUCGUCCCUCAUUUACCAGAGUCAAAUGAGUCAUCAGUCUUGUGUUCCAUUAAUGUUACCCUUCCCGGGCUGAGUGAAGAUUUAACAACAAAUGAGUCAACAGUCCUGUGUUUCAGAAACGUUACCCUUCCCAGUCAGGUUAAAGAUUUAACAACAGAGCCAGCAGUCGUGUGUGUCGAUGACAUUACCCUUCUGGGUAACAUUACCUUUCUGGGUAGCAUUACCCUUCUGGGUAACAUUACCCGUCUGGGUAACAGGGCCCGUCUGGGUAACAGGGCCCGUCUGGAUAACAUGGCCCUUCUGGAUAACAUUGCCCUUCCGGGAAACAUUACCCUUCUGGAAAACAUUACCCUGCCCAGUGCAAGGAAAGAUUUAACAACAAAUGAGUCUUCAGUCCUGUGUUUCAAAAACAUUACCCUUCCCAAGCUGAGUGAAGAUUUAACAAAAACAACAGAGUCAGCAGUCGGCAUUGAAGAGGAGCCUGUUGUGUACCCUGGGAUAGCCAUUUUCUUCCAGAAUGCAUUCAUUUUCUUCGGGGGUUUGGUCUUCAAGUUUGGACGUACAGAGGAUCUGUGGCAAUAGCUGACUCAAGUGUGGCUGUCUGUUUUUAAACACAGCUUUCUAUGUCGUAUGAGACAGUAUGCUUCUGGCUUCAGCCAUUAUUCAUCACUUUAUACGUUUGCUUUUUUAGUUAAGAAUUUACAUAUUUAAUUUAUAAUUUUGUUGCUGUUUUAAAAAGCUAAGUCAUAACCAAGCACAAACAUUAGAGAUUUUGACAGGUUGAAUAUUUGCAACUGUGGGACAUUUUAAAAUGUUGUUAAAAUGGGAUACAACUUGUGUAUAAUAGGUGUGUAUAUUGUAGGGAUGUUCCGAUCAGUGGUUGAUGCUGAUGACGAAACCGACCAUCCAGGACUGAAAUCGACCCAUACGAUCACCUGGAUUAAUUACACAUUUUUCACUUUGUGAUGAGUGCUUUUGGCCGUAUGAUAUUAAAGGAACCAUAAAAUCACCUUGAUUUAGACAAUCAUAUUUGACUUAGUUUUUAGAGGACGAGACGCCUUUAAGGAGACUUCGGGCAUAAGAGUACAUUUUUCGUGGUAUUAGCUUAAUCUUCUGACUGUCUCGCACAUUGGGGCAACUGAUCACACCAUGAGCCUCGAAAACUCACCACACUUCAAGUGUUCUUCAAAUGCUAAAAGCUUUUUAACAUGCUACCCCUGCAAGAUAGUUUUUGUGGCAUGUGUUGGUAGUUAAUUUGGUAGUUAAGGAAAGGGGGAGGAGCUUAAGACGUUAGUUAGGUCAAGACACUACGCUGCACGCAUGGAUCACUGCGAAUUGCAAUAGCACUAGCCACAGGUGAUUUUUGUGAUCGGAUCAUGUUAUUUUUCACGGAAAUCGUCCGAUACUGAUGGGUGGCCGAUCGAUCGGAACAUCCCCAGUAUUUUGGGAAAUAAUAGUCUGAAACUGUCCAAAUGCCAGUGUGCAUGCAUACUAUCCCACCAAUUUAUCGAACCUGUCAGCUGAGUAAAGAAAACCUUGUCAUAAAAGAUGUCUCUGAAAUAACCAACUGAGGUCGGCAGUUUUCAUGCAGAUUUAUUCAGAUAUCAGUCUUACGUUAACGCUUCAUAACUGCCCAAUGGAUGUAAUUCUUAUGUACGUCCAUUUCUUUGAGAAUGGGAUCAAUCUUCUCCUACUAUGGCAUAAUUAAACAGACAUUUUGAGCAGGAA